CAGAGGAUGUGUCUGGGAGUGUGAGAGAGGAAGGGUGGCAGUAAAGUGGGUAUGUACCCUCUCUCUUCUUCGCCCUCUUCUCUCUCUCUCUGUUGAUUGCUCUAUCUCGCGACAGUGAGCAGGCCCUCUGGCAGGGCAGUCUCUUAGUGGCGGAACGGUGGACAGUUGAGAAACAAGCCUAAAUGUCAGACAAGAAUGGCUAUGACAAUCAUGAAGAUGCCCUUGUGCCAGUGGAGGUAUGGCCAGAGCUGGAGAGAGCUGAGUGUUUGGCUCGGGGUGCUGCACUGAAAUGGGCCUCAGGUGUCUUUUGUUGUCCAGAGCAUCUGGAGAAACUUGGACAAUACAGGAAAAGAGAGAGCCAACGAACCACUUCUAUUCAAUCCAGAUUAAAGUCAUCUGUACAGUCCUAUUUGGAAGGUGUUGAUUGGGGUCUUGGUCAAUUGCGAGAGGCACGAGCUGGGCUAAGAGAAGUGUCUCAUGACUUGCACAAGGCAAGAUUGGAGACCAGUAAAAAUUCUGAUGAGGUAACUACACUGGAGACACUUCGGGAGGUGUCUCUCCAUCAUCGCCAACUCCUUGCUGCAGUUAGCAACUUGCCACGCCUCUACAAAGUGCGAAAUAUGGUGCUAGAGACAGAGAGGCUAGUGGAGUCUCGGAGGCUACUGGAAGCUCAUGCUCGGCUAAUGGAACUAGAGUGCUGGCAGGACGAGGUACUGCUACAGCUUCAGGGACCCAAGGGAUCAUCCGGAACAGGCCUAGGGUCUGAGGAUGAGGAGCAUUUGCAGAAUUAUUUCUCAGGUGUUGGACGGUUGGUGGAUGCCCUUGCCAAGGAGCUUUGGGCAGUUGUAGGGAGUUGGCUGUCGCUCACUCAUCAAAACCCCACACCAUUUGUGUCAGCUGUACGUAUAGUAGAGCGUGAAGAAGCUCUAGACAAGUUCUUUAUGGAGGAGCGAAGAUCAGCAUCAGGACACUACAGAACCAUGCCCCCUGGAAGACCACGCUGCUGGAGGGAACGCUUCUUUGAGGUGCUGGAGGAGGGAGUGUCAUCCCGUUUCCGUAGUGUGUCGUACUUGCCCACCCAAGGACCAUGGCUUGCUAGUCACUUGUCUGGACUACAGCAUGGCAUUAUGGAAGACCUCUCAACAGUGCGCAACAUUUUGGAACAGUGUGUUCCACCUCAUUAUCAUCUAACAAGAGCCUACCUGCGAUCCUGCCACCAGUUCUUGCAAACCCAUCUUGGGCUAGUUACUGGAUGGGAGCUAGAAAGUGGGGAAAUUUUUGCUGUUCUUAACUGGGUUCUGCAAAUUUACAACAGCUCAGAGAUGAUGGGUGAUCCAGACCUUGUAUCUGAGCUAGAAAUUGAAGACCUGGGACCCCUGAUAUCUCAGGAAGGUCUCGAGCAGCUGCAGAAUAAAUAUGUCCAAAAAGUUCGGAAGAGUGUCUCAGAAUGGAUGCACAAGGCUCUAGAAGUGGAGCUGACAGACUGGCAGAGGGACCAGGAACCAGACAUUGACCAUGAGGGCUGCUAUCACACCAGCCUUCCAACCAUCAUCACUCAGAUGCUAGAAGAAAAUACACGGGUGGCCUUAAUGAUAAGUGAAGCUCAGAGGGACCAGACAAUCCAAAUGGGCCUUCAUGAGAUGGAGAACCUCCUUAGACGGUUUCGAGAUGCCAUCAUAGAAUUUGGGACAGAGCAUUACAGGGAUCUCACCUCAAACAGUAACAAGUUCUAUCUCCAUUAUCUUCUGGCCUGCAUCAGCAACUGCAUCAUCCUCAAAACUUCUGCAGAAAGCCUGCAGAAACAGUUGUGCUCCUUCCCCUCAAACCGUUUAUCGCAUGUUCCAACUGGGCCUCUGGCUGCCUUGGACCGUGCUGUGAGAAAAGCUUGUCAGCUAGUCAUGGACCACCUACUGUUUGAGUUACAGCCCCAUCUUCAGGGGCUCCUGUCUCAUACCUGGCUGGUCCAGGAAGAUUUAACCCCAAAAAUGUGUGGGGUUCUGGAACAUCACUGUGAACUCUACAACAGAGUGCGUCAACCUUGUCGGCAGAGACUAAAGGAGGAGUGUCAGUGGCUAACUGUUGUUGAGUACGUCCGCACAUUGAUGCAGAAGAGACUGGUCUGUCGAAGUUGUGACGAGCGAUGCCAGUUGGCCCACUUAACACAGGAUGCUGAACAGCUAAGGAACCACUUUCAAAGCAUGGAGAUUGAAGUGACCAUAGGUGAGGUGAAUCCCACUGCAUUGAUACUUGUGCUGGCAGACCUAAUCUAUUUGAAAGACAUGGGCAUGCUAACACUGGAGAUUUCUCAAUUGGUAACCAAGUACCCUGAUAUUAGUGAGAAGCAUGUUUCUGUGAUGUUGGACAUAAGAGGAGAUGUCCCCAAAGAUGUGCGGGGGUCUGUCUUAGAUUUUCUGGAGCACAGUGCUCCACCUUUACCACCAGGAUACCGCCCAAUCUUCUCAGAAAUCCUUGUUCCCUCUUCCUGCAUGUCAUUCUGUCUGCCAACUGCAAAGUGUACUUGAAAAACAAUCUAGCCCGAUUGUAUUAAAGCAGGAUAUUCAUCAUAAAUUCAUCACUACUCCAUAUGAUUAGCAUUUCCACUGUCUGUGCUAUCAUGUCUGAACAAAGCCUUGUUAUAGAAGUAAAUCACUGUGCCAAAAUAAUAUUUACAUUCAUUAAAUUUACAGAUUUUUAUAUAUAUUUUUUAAAACAAAGUGCACAAACCAUGUUAGUGCCCCCAAAACAUUAUGGUAUACCAAGAAAAAUCAGUCUGGCUCAUUGUAUUUGUACAUAUUUUUUGAAGGAAAUUAAACAAUAGAAUGUAAAUGUCUUACAAUGGUAUUGUUACCAAACAUAAAGUUUCCAAAGAUACUCUGAUUGAUAUAAUCUAUUGGUCUAUCGUGGUUCACUGUGUAUAUUGUGGUUGACCU